AUGCAAUCUGCAUUAACACCUUUUAUUUUAGAAUCAGGUGGUAAAGAUAGUGCGAUAAUUCGUCAUGAUGCUAAAUUAGAUCAGACAAUUAUUUUACUGAAAAGAGUUCUUAAUAAUAUUAAAUUAAUGAGAGUUGGAUGUUCAUUAAAUGAUGAAGAUAAAGUUGACAUUGGAGCCAUUACCACGAAUCUAUCACAAGGUGCAAUACUUCCACACGGUGGACACGUUCAUAAUCAUCCAAAUUAUCCAAAAGCUCAAUAUUAUACACCAACACUUUUAACAAU